AAGUAAAACUUUUCCAGGAUUAAUGAAAACUCCUAAUACAUGUUCGAUGAGAAUUUUGAGCAUAGCUUUACUACUGUUUGGACUAUUUGUGAGUACAUUCUACAAUGCUGCUAUAAUGCACGGACUCCUGACACCAGUUCCGAUCCCCGUACCGACCCUCGAGCAGCUUGUAAAAAAUCCUUCGCUCGAAUUAGGCAUUUUAGACGCUAAUUAUCUAUCGGGGAAUAGAAAUAGCUGGGCGUUUUUCUUUAAACCCGAGACCCGAGCUCAGCUGGAAAAGAGAAGUCGCGUCAUGUCGGCCGAUGCCGGAUUAGAAAUGAUGAGGACUAAACGGUUCGCGUUCUGCACCGACGACUUCGGCGCGUACUGGGACAUAUCUCGGAAAUUCUCCGAUUCGGAAAAAUGCGAAAUCGUCGAAAUAGAAACAAGAGAUCCGUUUCACAUCGGUUGGAUGGUCGGCAGAAAUUCUACAAACAAGGAACUGUUUAACAGAGGUAUUAUCUGGCUCAAGGAGAACGGCCUGUCGUACAGAACGAAGAGGUUUUGGUUCCCCAUGUCACCCUCUUGUUACGGAAGUAUCACCUUCCUGCACGUGACUUUGGAAGCUGUUGUCAUCGCCGUGGGCAUCUACCUGGCAGGAGUCGUCUUUUCCAUUUUCGUACUUGGCGUAGAAUUGCUAAUUCACAUACGACAACGAACCGUUAAGGUUCAAAUAAUAAAGGUCCGGCGCGUUAAAAUCUCAUAGAGAUUUAAUUUAGAAACCAGGCUAUGUAUACGAACAAUUCUGACAACCUGUUACAUCUGUUAAUACAUGCACACAUUUUAUUAUGAGGAUUAAAAAUGCAAUGACAGGCUAAA